GCGACUCGGUGAUAAUAAAAUUGACUUUUGGCACGAUCCCACGGGAGAACUAAAAAAAAGUAAAAAGCUCUUAUCAAUCAGUUGCCAUUCUGGCUGUCCCCCAUUAUUUCUUUCUAUUGGAAGUUGAGAUUCCCUUCCACCUCGGCCCAGUUCUCGACAUCCUCGCAAUUCCUCCAUCAUCUUUAGAGGUGCCAUGGCAGUUGGCUUCCUUUUGUUGACGACGUUUGUCGUUAACAUCCUGACAACCUCUGCUGCUACCCUCAACUACGACUGGAAUAUCACAUGGGUUACCGCUAAUCCCGAUGGUCAAUUCGAGCGUCCUGUGAUUGGGAUCAACGGUCAAUGGCCUCCUCCAGUACUCAAUUUUACCAGGGGCGACCGUAUCAUUGCAAAAGUGCACAAUGCGCUGGGAAAUGAGACCACCAGUGUCCACUGGCAUGGAUUCUUUCAGAAUGGGACCAACCAUAUGGAUGGUCCUCCGUCGGUCACUCAGUGCGCCAUCGCCCCAGGUUCUACCUUUGUCUACAAUUUCACCGUUGAGCAACCUGGCACUUAUUGGUACCAUUCACACACCAAAGGCCAAUACCCUGAUGGGCUCCGACAAGCCUUGGUGGUGACCGACCCUAAGAAUCCGUAUAUCGGGCAGUAUGAUGAGGAGCGAGUCAUUAGCUUGUCCGACUGGUACCACGACCAAAUGCCAACGCUCUUGAAGUCAUUCAUUAGCGUCACCAAUCCCACCGGCGCGGAGCCUGUGCCCAAAGCGGCUCUGAUGAACGACACUCAGAACCUCACUGUGGCAGUCGAGCCAGGCAAGACAUACCUCUUUCACUUGGUCAAUGUGGGUGCGUUUGCCAGUCAGUAUUUUUGGAUUGAAGACCACACGAUGAAGAUUGUUGAGGUGGAUGGUGUCUGGACCAAUGCGUCGGAGACCAAUAUGAUCUACAUCGCCAGCGCACAGCGCUACAGUGUGUUGGUAACCAUGAAGAACGAGACCAGCCAGAAUUACGCCAUGGUGGGCAGUAUGGAUACGGAUCUCUUCGAUACACUUCCCGAGUCAUUGAAUUAUAACGUGACGGGAUGGCUGAUGUAUAAUGACAAGGCUGACAAGCCAACUCCAGCUCUAAUCUCCGCAUUUGAGCCUUAUGAUGACUUCAACCUGGUGCCAGUGGAUGGCAUGGCGCUGCACAAGGAAGCAGAUUACACCGUCACUCUGGACGUGACGAUGGAUAAUCUGGGAGACGGGGCCAAUUAUGCUUUUUUCAACGGAAUCACCUAUGUCAUGCCCAAAGUUCCGACUCUUUAUUCGGCACUGACCACCGGCUCAGCGGCAACAGACCCUGCUGUCUACGGGUACAACACACACCCGAUUGUCCUAAAAAAGGGAGAUAUCGUGGACAUUAUCCUCAACAACGACGAUGCCGGAAAGCAUCCUUUCCACUUGCACGGACACACUUUCCAAGUGAUUGCGCGCAGCGAAGACAACGCGGGACACUAUGAUCCCAGCAACCAUACGGCAUUCCCAUCCGUCCCAAUGAGGAGAGAUACUGUUAUAGUCCGCCCGCAGGGCAAUUUUGUCCUCCGUUUCCAGGCCGACAAUCCGGGCGUAUGGCUCUUUCACUGCCACAUUGAAUGGCACAUGGAUUCAGGGCUAGCGGCGACCUUUAUCGAAGCGCCUCUGGACCUGCAGAAGACGCUCAAGAUCCCCGAAGAUCACUACAAGGUCUGCGAGGCUAGCGCUACCCUCACCGCGGGAAAUGCGGCCGGAAACACCAAGGAUUUGUUCGAUCUGACCGGGCAGAAUGUAUCUCCUGCACCGCUCCCCGCGGGCUUCACGACCAAGGGCAUCGUUGCCCUGGUGUUCAGCUGCAUUGCGGCUAUCCUGGGAUUAUUGUCGAUAGCUUGGUACGGCAUGGCGCCGAUUACUGCGCCUCAGACUUGCGCGACGCCGAGUAAUGGUUCGGACGAGAAUUGAGAGCCAUUUCUACAUUGAAGGAAUUUCCAUUGAUCCGGCAGGUUUAAUGCCCUCUACAUCUAGUCCGACGUGAGGUACAGAGACAUAUUAGACCCCGCAUACAGUUGUGGCAGAUCUUUAGUGCUCCUGACACUGUGCGAUAUGGUAGAUUGCUACUGGACCUGCACAUGCUUUCUUGAAUACCACUAUGUAUAGAUUCAUAAUGAUACCUUGGAAAUUUAAAAAGAAUCCGACACGCCGGUUCAAUGCCGCAGCGCAGCUCAUCACAGCACAGCAAUACACUCAAUCUCUACAUCCGUAUUCAGCGGCAACGUUUUGACAGCCACACAAGUCCGACAGGGCUUCACAUCCCCCCAGUACUGCAUAUACACCGAAUUCAUAUCGGCAAAGUUAUCCAUA